CCAAUGCUAUUGAGCUGUAUAUACAGCGAAAUAUUCGAAUUUUUUAUUUGACAAAGCGUAUUUUUAAUACUUAACUUCUCUAGAUCGCAUUUAACUUUCUAGUCAGCAAAUUUAUUUUUAAUUUCUUGUUAAUGGCCAACAUGUUGAUAAGGACUAGACAGCAUCAGUGCAAAAUUCGAUUAGCAGUUUUUAUAAGAGUGAUUUUAUUUUUUGGAAUUCCAUCUUUUUACUUCCUAUUUCUAACUGUGAACGACGUAAAUGAAGAGUUCUCCGCCUCGAACCCAGAUAAUUACAAUGCAGGUCAUUCCCGUCACCUGCUGAGCGUCUUGGAAAAGGAGGGCCGCAAUUGCACUCCUCCUGCGAUAUUGGAGUUCCCGCCUGAUGGUUUUACUCGAGAACAAAGAAAACAUGGUUUCGUUGCAAUUCAUUGCAUACUGGCUAUCUACUGUUUUCUUUUGCUGGGCACUGUAUGCGAACAAUAUUUCGUUCCGGCGAUGGAAAUGAUAUGUGAACGACUGAAUAUGGCGUCAGAUAUAACAGGAGCUACAUUCAUGGCGGCGGCGAGCUCCAGCCCCGAGCUAUUCAUCAACUGCGUAGGCACCUUUGUAACUGAGGGCGAUCUGGGUGUGGGGGCCAUUGUGGGCUCAGCUGUAUUCAACGUGCUGGCCGUACCUGCUUGUUGUGCUCUAAUGGCUGGCAGGGUAAUAGAACUUGAUUGGUGGUCAGUAUCGCGAGACUGUCUGAUGUACGCCUUGGCGGUGGUAGCGCUCAUCUUGUCUCUUCUCGACGACCGUAUCUACUGGCACGAGGCGCUGGUUCUCGUGCUCAUGUACACCUUCUAUAUACUAGCGAUGGUGUUCAACGAACAACUGGGUUUAUUCUUCCGGAGAGGGUGUUGUUAUCCCAAAAAAACGAAAAUGUACACUGAAAUAACUCCGCUACUGAUAGAAGAAAAAAGUCAUCCGUUGGAUGCAGCCCGACGUAUGAAUCGACCUACCCAAGAUGUAGAAGAGGGGAUCGAAAUGAGUAAACGACACGACUCCACUGGGUCAGAAGACAGCAUAAGUACCGUGUGGUCUUGGCCGGAUGAGAAGUCGUCUUACGUGAAGAAACUGCUGUGGGCGCUGACGUGGCCGCUUAGCCUGGUGCUUUGGCUUUCUAUCCCCGAUUGCCGCCGUCGCCCUCGCCUCUACCCACUUACGUUCAUCAUGUGCAUAGUGUGGAUUGCCUGCGUGUCAUACCUUAUUGCUUGGUUCAUCACCGUAAUUGGAGACACCCUCAACGUUCCGGACAGCAUCACUGGCCUGACUAUCCUGGCUGCCGGCACCAGUCUCCCUGAAGCAGUUUCCAGCGUGCUAGUUACUAAUCAUGGCCAUGGCACCAUGGGCAUCAGUAACUCAAUUGGAUCCAACACUUUUGACAUCUUGCUUUGUCUCGGUCUACCGUGGCUCAUCAAAUCCUUGUUUUACCCAUCCAUCCCCGGGAACCAUUGGAUAUCAUUAAACUCGAGCGGACUAUCAUACAGUGCAAUAUCUCUUCUAUCCACGCUGUUCAUUUUAUACGGAUGCAUAGCUUUGAACAAGUUCCAGCUGGACUGGCGCAUAGGAGUCACCUGCUCAAUCACAUACGCCGGCUUCCUCGUAUUGGCUGCCAUCAUAGAGCUCAAUGUGCUAUUCGUCGUCAACCUACCUAUAUGUCCUCAUUGAAUUAAAGAAAGAGAAUAACUAAACAUUACAUAUAUUUACAACAACAGUUAAUAAAUGAAGUAAACCUGGAGUUAUAGAAAAUAGGCGGACAAAUUUCAUUAAUUCUUAAUUUAAUAUGUAUACACUACAUUGGGGUUGAAAUCAAUUUUAUUACGACUUAUGUUUUUUGGAAUCAUUAACAAGAAGACAAACUUACUCAUAUGUACAUUUUUUGAGUCGCAGGUAGGAAAUCGGACUGAGAUUUUGGAAAAAAAUAUUAUACUUAUUACUUACUCACUUACUUUAUUGUUUUAAAUGUGUUUCGUAGAUAUUAUAAUAAAUGUUUCUGAGUAGGUACCUACAUGUAGCUAUCCUAGGUCAGAAAAUGAAGAACCAUAGAAUUAAUCGAAUAUUACUUAGGAAAUAUAUCUAAAGGCGGCUUCCCACGGUUCCAGUCGCUCGUUACUUGAACACGCGCCGUGGAAAGAAGACCGCCGCCCGAACGCGUCCGUGCUUGCCCAUGUUCGUAUCGGCCCACGCAGCUAGUCGGUAACUUCAGGGCUCAUUCAGAGUACAGGCGCGGGCGCGGCCGAGGGUACUGGCGCACGCGGUCUUGACGUCCCCCCUUUCACAGCGGGUAGAUGCACACGUCGAAAUGACAAACAGACGGUUGACGCUAGACCUGGCUAGACCAAGGACUGUAAAAGGUACGGGCGGACCUAGUCAAUAUACAUUGACGCGCGUCUCGCGCGCCCCCGCGCCCGCGCCCGCCUCGAGAUAGGCGCGUGGCCACUG